AGUGCCCCCAUCCAUUCAUUCCAUUCCUACUACUCUAUCACUCUGCUUCUGCAACACAUAUUCUAUCCCCCUCACAACACCACAACUCUCGCCACAACACACAUCAACAUGCCUCGUCAACGCCGUGGUGCCGCCCCUACUCCCGCGCGCAGCGCUCCCACCAGACCUACUGCUGCUCCCGCUAGACCGGCCGCUCCUGUCCAGCAGCAGCACAGCCAGCCUCACUCGACCGCCGCUCACCCUCCCGCCGCUGCUCCUGCUGCUGCUCCCCCGACUCCCAUGGCUGCUCCCCAGCAGAGCUCUGGCCCCGGUCUCUUCGGCCAGAUGGCCUCCACUGCCGCUGGUGUAGCAGUCGGCUCCUCCAUCGGCCACGCCAUCGGCGGCUUCUUCAGCGGCGGUGGCUCCAGCGCCGCCCCCGCCGAGCCCGCCGCCGCUCCCCCUGCCCAGGCCCAGCCCAUGGACAACGGCCUCUGGGCCGGUAACGCCACCAACAGCUCCUGGGAGAACCCUGCCUGCGCCACCGACGUGCAGAACUUCCGCAAGUGCAUGGACGAGAACCAGGGCAACCUGUCCAUCUGUGGCUGGUAUCUCGAUCAGCUGAAAGCCUGCCAGGCUGCUGCCAAGCAGUACUAAAUUUGUUCUUUGUUGUCUGAGUCAAUCAUAGGUUUGACAGCAGAAGAGAUCUAACGCUGUAUCAAUUCUCUUUCGAAAUUUUACGCAUAAUGCAAAAUCCAUACAUACCCCCCUUGGCAAUAUCUGGAAACUGGUUCCUCCUUUGGGGAGCUAGGGUCGGGACGGAAAUCUCCCCUACCUUUGGAUUCGACUUGGUCUAUAGAUUGAAAACGAAUUUCGCACGUGUUCGUCUUUCGAUGGUUGGUUGAGAUAUACCACAUUCUUCUGCUUUAUGUUUGUUUUGCAUGGCAGCGAAUACUCCCCUCGAUGAUUGGCUGGCUAUUCUCAUCAGAAUUGCCACUACUAUUAUAACCUUUGUACAUCUAGCUCAAUAUCACGAAGCCAAUAGGCACCAUGAGAAUAAAUAGAAAACUC